AUGCUCUACAAUGCCCUAAUCCGCACCCACCACAUAACCUCACGCAAGAAAGUUGCCGCCCUCAAACGUGCCGCUGACGUUCACCAAUGCUACGUGCUCUUGCGCUCCGGGGGCUGUCCAGGCAUCAUGUACGUCGAGGGCCGAGAUAAAGUGCAGGUUGAGGGGUGGGUUGGGGUUGUGCGGAAACUGCGAUAUAAGGAUUUCCAGCUCGUUACAAGGCCUAGCGCGUUGGAACCGGAGGAUGGGCUAGGAGAGGAGAAGGAGAAGGAACAGAAAGAGUUGGAUAUAGGGGUGGCGGAGGUGGGGAGUGUGAAGGAGUUUGGGAACUUCAUGGAGAAGCGUGGAGUGUGGAAUUGGUGGAGGAAGGGUAUGGGAUAUGCUUGA